UGGCAUUGGCUUCAUUCUGGUUGGACCGAGUGUUCUUCUUCUGCUAAAGAGCACAUGGAAGUUUAUUUUCAAGAGUGCAAACAUGCCCUCUAAAAAAACUAUGUUUUGGGUUCUGGGUUGUGAGUUCCUGGUAGGACUGGGAGCUGCAGUUCUAACAAUAGUAGCCAUGCCACACUUUGACAUUGUCACCAAUGUGAUGAUUCUAAACAGUGUGAGCAUCCUGUCCGCAGUGUUCCAGGUGGUCGCUGAUUGCCUUGCCAAAGAGAGAAAGUGCCUUAUGGUCCCUGUAUGCUCCAUUUUCUUAAUCGUCACAGGUUAUGUGCUCUUUGUGAUCAAUUAUUUGGCUUUCGAAAGUUCCUUAGAGACAAAAAUAUCAGUUGGCCUUGCCAUUGGUGGAACCAUCUGUGUUUCUGUGAACUGGUGGGAGAGCUAUAGCACGCUCUUUAAUGUGUCAUUUCUAAAGGAAAUUUCCAGAGACAUUGCUCAGUCCCGUAACAUGGUCAGCAUCAUCUCUAGUUUGAUAAGAAUCCUGAUUACGUCAGCUGUGAUUGCAGGUUAUGUUCCUCUAUCAGGUCAGGAAUGGAAAUCGGUAAAACUUGUCUUUGAAACAGUUGUCAUUGCAUUGGUGGCAAUCCAGAUUAUAUCCUCUGCCUUGUGCCGCUGGUUUGUGGUUUUGGCUUGUAAGAUGCGCGCUGUGCGCUGCAGCUUCAUUGUGCCCAUGUACCUUGCCUCUAUCACAGUUUUGGCUGGGUUUUUGGUUCCACAUAUAGUCAGGCUCCCAGAGUCCAAUCAAACUUCUACCUGUUUUGAGAACUUUCAGCCGAAAUCCAGUGACGAAUGGUUACAUUUGAUAUUGACUGAUGUUAUAAGAACUCUGAAUGCCAGGGACAUUGUGAUACACAUGAAGACAGGAGGACUGGCCUGUUUGGGCUGCUCUGCUCUGAGCUGGUGGCUUGGACUCAUACUCAGUUCAAUUUACAUCUGGUACCUGAAGAUCCAUCGAAUAGAAAGAACCCAAGAUCUGUUUGUGCGACCUAUGUAUGAAGGAGCAUUUAUGGAACAGUCUAUGUUGCUAAACACUCGUUUUGAAAUCAGAAAGAGAAUCAAGGAGAAACGGUGGUAA